CCUCUGCCAAAGUACUGGAGAAGCAACAAUCUAUAAAGAACGAGCCCAGAACUCUGUUUGAAGAAGAAAUGGAGUUAGCCAGAGAAGCUGCUCUGGAAGUGAUCAAUAAUACCCGAAAACAAGCACUCAAGAUAUUUUUGGAGAAAUUUUGAUGGUUGUAUGGAUUGGAGCUGAUAAAGAUCAGUCCACUGAUGCCAAAAUGGGAAUUAUUGGAAUUUGGGGAAGUGAACCAAGAAUUCUGCUAGCUGAAUGAUGGAGGAUCGGACUCCUUAAUGUUUUUGUUUUCCUAGUAGUACUUGGUGUUUGUAUCAAUUAUAUAUGACUACUGCUGAUACCUGUGGCUUUAUAUUUAUAUGUUUUGGGUAGAUGGAUCAUAGUUCCCAUCAUACUUCAUUACCUUUUAUUGCCAUCCCUCAUCACAAUGUGCCAUGAAGAGAGCCUCACAUUAAUGUUGUUCUUGGAGUUCCUGUGGUGCUCAUUAGAUUGGUAAUUGGUCUAUCACAUUUUUAUUACUUAGAUGAUUCAAUGAAAAGUAACCUUUUUU